CCCUCUCUCUCUCUCUCACCCUCUCUCUCUCUCUCUCUCUCUCCCCCGCUGUCUGAGGGACUCGGAGCAGUUAUCAGCCGCCUCAGCGCAUCCUGCGUCUGUCUCCUCUUCUCCGCAGGACAACGACCAGAAACGACCACUAACUUUUAGCUUGUGCGCGUUUUUUAUUCCCUGUGCACCGGUGGUUUUUGCUCAUUUCUAGUCAUGAAUGCGCGGAGAAAGCCUCAGAGGAAGCGGCGCUCGGACCAGCAGCGUCAAGUGUCUUCGAGCCGCUCCUAAAAGCAGCGCCGCCGCCGCCGCCGCCGCCCCGUCGGGAUGGAGCUCCCCGUUCACGGCUCCUCGAACAGCAGCGCACCGCCCAACGCCACGGGCAACGGCACCGCUGAGGUCAGCCUGUGUGACAUCCUGGGUCCCCGCAGGUCCCCGUUCUUCCUCCCGGUGACCGGCGUGUACCUGCUCAUCUUCCUCACCGGCCUGUCCGGGAACCUGCUCACGUGCGCCGUCAUGGCCAAGCACAAGAAGAUGCGCAACCCCACCAACCUGUACCUGCUGAGCCUGGCCGUGUCCGACCUGCUUGUGCUCCUGUUCGGGAUGCCGCUGGAGGUCUACGACCUGUGGCAGAACUACCCGUUCCCGUUCGGCGAGGGCGGCUGCUACUUCAAGACCUUCCUCUUCGAGACCGUGUGCUUCGCCUCCAUCCUCAACGUGACGGCGCUGAGCGUGGAGCGCUACAUCGCCGUGGUGCAUCCGCUCAAAACGCGCUACCUGUCGACCAAUCAGCACGCGAAGCGUGUGAUCGGCGUCCUGUGGGCGGCGUCCAUGGCGUGCGCCGUCCCCAACACCUCGCUGCACGGCAUCUUCUACCUGCCGGAGCGCGCGGAGGAGUCGGCCAUCUGCACCGUGCUGCAGCCGCUGUGGGUCUACAACGUGGUGAUGCAGGUCACCACCGUGUGCUUCUUCUUCGUGCCCAUGGCGGUGAUCAGCAUGCUGUACCUGGUGAUGGGGCUGCACCUGGGCCGGGGGCGGCGGCGGCCCGGCGCGAGGCGAGGCCGGACCUGCGGCGGCGACACGCGCAGGAGGAUCCGGCUGGAGACCGGGCGCCGGAGGCAGGUCAUCAAGAUGCUCUCGAUCGUGGUGGCCGCGUUCGGCGUCUGCUGGGCGCCGUUCCACAUCGAGCGCCUCCUGUGGAGCUCCGUCAGCCAGUGGACGGACUUGAUGCACAGCGUGUACCAGUACGUGCACCUGCUGUCGGGCGUCCUCUUCUACCUCAGCUCCGCCAUCAACCCCGUCAUCUACAGCCUGCUGUCCACGCGCUUCCGGGAGUGCUUCCGGGAGCUGGUGUGUUCGCGCGCGGAGGACAGCGGCUCCGUCAGAGACUCGCCGCCGCUCCCCGCGGCCCGGCCAGAGCCCGGCGCUCCGGGCCGAGCCCCGGCCCGCGGAGCCCCGGCCCGCGGAGCCCCGGCCGAGGGCACGGACUCCCACGCCUUCGUCCCCCUGUUGUCCCCGAACACGGACGCGGCGCUGCUCACGUGUGCGUGUGAGGAAACAACCUGCGAGACGUCAGCGUUCUGACGCCGUGAACGUGCGUCAAGCGGCCGAUCGGGUCACGAUGGAUGAGUAGAACCUGUCUGAAUCCAAAGCUGCACAUGCAGUUUAACUUCCACCGGACAAUAAAUGAGCUCCACAAGUGCAUUUCUUUUACUUUAUUGACUGUUUAUGUUUCAGCAGUCUUGGACAAACACCAGCUGCCACACGGACUCAUGGAAAACAGCUUUGUGACACCAUUAAACUCACAUUUGCAUCAGUUAAGUCCUAAUUGUACUGUAAUUGUGACAUAUUGCCACAUGCAGGAAGGCCGGGAGCCGCUGGAGGCGUCUGUCUGGACCCUGAUGCUGAUGAACACGCGCCUCUCCACUGGAUGGAGCAGCGGGUGGAGCAGCGGGUGGAGCAGCGGGUGGAGCAGUGGGUGGAGCAGCGGGUGCAGCCCGUCAGACAGACCAGCCCACGGUCUGCGGUCCCGAUCCGCUCCGGCUCCGCUCCCGCGUGUAAAUGAUGCACAUGAAAGCGCCUUUCGAUCUAAACAGCUGAUUUAAAUGUUUGUUGCUGUUCUGUUUGCUCUGCGACCUCCCACUCACACGUUGGACGUGGACUUGAACCGGGUCGGAUCCUCUGCUGUUCAGCGGUGGGUCUCAGUGACUGCUGCCUAAUGAGGUGAACGCAGCUGAUGAUGUAUCGCUCCAUUCUGUGUCGCUGCUGUUCGCAGAUUUGAUGUGUUUCUAUGAAGCAGUCUGAUAAUUCUGUGUUUCUGUGGAACCUUUAAGCAAAGGAUGUCUGUGACGCUUUACUGUGAGCCCUUAAUCCUGUUUUAUCUCUUGUUGCAUGAAGGUCCGUCGUGUCCGCUACAUGAUUUGAUGGAUUGGUGAGCUCAUGUUCAUUGUGAUUGCGGAUGAAAGGUUUUAUUUUUGGCUAUUGUGCAACGAUCGAUUGAAAAACGCCACAAAUAAACGUGUGUGGAGUCGA